UCCGUGCACCGAGGACUGCUACUUGAAUUGGGAAAACAGCAUAUCCAGAGAAACUGUCAGAGUCAAAGAGCUGUACGGUAACGUUACUGAGCUACUGAAGUCGUUUGGGAGCAUGUCGGUGGAUAGCAUCAACAGCACACUUCAGAAGUUGAAAGAGAACGUGACCUACGCGGAAGAGAUAUUCAGCAGCGGUGGAAAAGAGGAUCUGCAAAAGAAGCAGCAGCAAAUUAACAGGAUUCAAAACUCUAUAAGCUCUCUCCAGCGUCAGCUGAACGAUUCCAAGAGUUUGAUUGAAGACGCUCAGACCUAUAUCUCGAAAGUUGUGACAAACUUUACUGGAAGUAUCCGAAUCGUUCCCACUGAUUCCAUGAUGUACUCCUCGUCCCCUGAAGUCUGCCCCAGUGGGGGAGGUAUGAGUGUGAUCGUGGACUGGAAGUGUAUUGAAGCCAUGGCAACGAUCUACCGCCUGCGUGCGGUGGAAGCUAAUGAAUCAGGACAUGCAAACUACUCGAGUAUUCAAAGUAGUUACAGUAUGAUUCAGCAAGCGAACGCUACAGCUUACCAUGCCGCUAAGCAGAUCACUGACUCCUUAGAAAAACUCUCGCUCGUUACAUUAGUCAGAGAAAGAGUAGAAUCGGACGUUGGUGACGCCUUCCAGGCCUUAUACCGCAAUAACUCAAUGCGACUUGAAGAAAUCAACAAAAUCAACGAAAUGCUGCAAGCACUGGUGAAAGAAGCGGAAAUGAUUGGAGAGCAAGCAAACGGCAAUUUGACCAUGGCUGUGAAAACCGCAAAUCGAUCAAAGGAUCUAGCCGGUCAGCGGAAGCGAGAAGCACAGAGUGCGCUGGACAAUGCCACCAAUGCACACUCUGAUACUUUGCAGGCCAACACUGAGGCGAAUAACGCGUUGAAGGCAGCCAUGAGUUUUGAGGAAAAUGCCACAAUGGUACUCGAACAAACACAAGAUGCCCUAGGUAACGUAUCCGCAGGAAUCAACACAAUAGCCAGAGUUAUCAACAUGACAAAGGAAGCGACGAGUAUUGCAGAUGAAGUCCGUGCCAUGAACAUGCCCGUGAGUCUGCAACAGAUCCAAAACCUGACUGAUGAGAUUUUGAACACAAAUGUUAGCCAAGAAAUGGUGAACCAGACUCUUAAAGCUGCUCAGGAUGGUCUGGAACAGGCACGUGAAGUGGAAGCUCUUUCGCAGAGAGCCGUAAAUGUUGCACAGGAGACUCUAAAUCAAGUGCAAGGAAUUGAAACAGCUCUGAACUCAUCAGAGCACAUUCGACAGCAGGUUACGUCUCUUCAGCAAGAAACUGACGGAAUGGUUGCUGACAUCAAUAAUAUCACUGAGACGGUUGAACAUCACUUCUCAGCUUCGUACUCCGCGGGACAGAGUUUACUGACCAAGAUAAACGAAACUCUCGAUAAUAUGGAAGAAGGAUUAACCUGCUUUGAUACUGCGAAGAAUGAAGCACUGAAUGCGUCGCGCACAGCUGAACUGGCCUUCAACAUCUCGAAGGAAGCGAAGGAGACAUUCGACAACAGCACAGCAUCUUUGCCACCAGUCGCGUCCUUGGUGAACUCUUCCUACGAAGCAGCAAGCGGAAACUUCUCAGAAAUACAACAAGCUCAUCAGGAUUCAGAACAACUGCUUACAAAUGUGACAGACGCUGAAGAAUUGCUGGCUCAGUAUAUCGCACAGAGAGACGAACUCGAAAGACUAGGUCGAGAACUGCAAGAACUUGACAAAGAGGCAGAUCAAUUAUUAGGACAGUAUAGUGUGGCUGCUGAGCAGUAUUCACAGUGUACGGGCGCAUAACGGGCACUAGUUUGGACAACAGACGUCAGUGUUUAGUUUUGUAUAUCAUAUAUCUGUAUAACGAUCUUAUUUUGACUUACUUACAAAGACAGUUGAAGGACCUAGUCUUCUAUUGUAAGAGGGUAAGAAAAUAGUUUUUACAUGUGAUGCACGAUCCUCGCAGUAGAUAGCGCUAUUUAAGCAAU